AUGGCCACAGAGUGCAGCAAUGCACGCCUGUCCUUUGUUCUGGAAUCUCAGUUGUACCGCACUGAAGGAUUGCUCCCUGGAAGCCCUGGUCCUGGCCAGCAGUUCAGGAGAGCCCCUUUAGUGGCAGAGAGGAAAAUCCUGAAGCUUAGAAAGCUUCCAAGACUCAUCCAAGGUCACAGUGCUAGACCCAGUGAAGGUCAUACUGUUGGACUACUCCAGGGAUACAUUAUGCUGGCCCAGGGUCACAGCACUAGUCUUGUUCAAGAUCACUUGGCAAAGGAGCCAGUGGAAGAUACAGACCCUAGCACUUUAUCCUUUAACAUGUCAGACAAAUAUCCUAUUCAAGAUACGGGACUCCCUAAAGUUGAGGAAUGUGAUACAGUUACUUUGAACUGCCCACCAAAUUCUGAUGAGCAACAUCAGGGAGAAGAAAAUGGCUUUCCAGAUAGCACUGGAGAUCCCCUUUCAGAUGUCAGCAAGGACAAGCCCUGUCAUGAAAACUGUACUUGUUCCUCCUGCUCACUUCGGGCUCCCACCAUAAGUGACUUGCUCAAUGAUCAGGACUUACUAGAUGUGAUCAGGAUAAAGCUGGAUCCAUGUCACCCAACAGUAAAAAACUGGAGGAAUUUUGCAAGCAAAUGGGGCAUGCCCUAUGAUGAAUUGUGUUUCCUGGAACAGAGGCCGCAGAGCCCCACCUUGGAGUUCUUGCUCCGGAAUAGUCAGAGGACGGUGGGCCAGCUGAUGGAGCUCUGCAGGCUCUACCACAGGGCCGACGUGGAGAAGAUUCUGCGCAGGUGGGUAGAAGAGGAAUGGCCCAAGCGGGAGCGUGGAGACUACCCCCGGCACUUCUAG